AUGCGGUCCAGCUCCGCUGUUUCCCUGGUGCUUGGCGCCUUGGCUUCCCUGGCCGGCUCCGCCAACGCACAGAGCUGGAAGACGAUCCCGACGAUCCAGGCCGUCGGCCAGCACUUUUUCUACUCGAACAACGGAUCGCAAUACUACCUCAAAGGUGUUGCGUACCAGCAGAACUACCAGCCCAAUGGCCAGGUUUCUGCCAACACGCAGUACACGGAUCCCCUCGCGGAUGGAAGCAUCUGCGCCCGUGACAUUCCGUUCAUGGAGCAGCUCUUCACCAACGUCAUCCGCGUGUACGCCAUCGACCCAACCGUCAACCACGAUGACUGCAUGGAGCAGCUCGCCAACAAGGGCAUCUAUGUCUUUGCCGACCUGAGCGAGCCGUCGACCUCGAUCCAGAGCAACAACCCGCAGUGGAACGUGCCGCUCUACGCCAGAUACACGGCCGUCGUCGACGCCCUGGCCAAGUACAACAACGUCAUUGGCUUCUUUGCCGGCAACGAGGUUGUGCAGGCCGCCAACCAGACUGCCUCUGCCGCGUUUGUCAAGGCCGCCGUCCGCGACACCAAGGCGUACAUCAAGUCGAUGAAGUACCGCUCCUCGCUGGGCGUCGGCUACGCCACGGCCGAUGUGCCCACCCGCGACGACCUGGCGGCCUAUUUCGCCUGCACGCCGGGCUCCGACGGCAGCCUGACCUCGAUUGACUUCUGGGGCUACAACGUCUACUCGUGGUGCGGCCAGAGCAACUACGCCGCGUCCUCGUACGGCGAGCGCGUCGAGUUCUUCCGCGACUACCCCGUGCCCGUCUUCUUUGCCGAGUACGGCUGCAACGAGGGCCUGCCCGGCGGGCCCUACUCGCGACCCUUUACCGAGGUGCCCGUCCUCUACGGCAACAUGACGGACGUCUUCUCCGGUGGCAUCGUGUACCAGUACUUUGACUCGGAGAACCAGUUCGGCCUCGUCAAGGUCAACGGCAACAGCGUCUCCCCGUACCCAGACUUCACCUCGCUGCGCAACCAGCUCGCCAAGGUCUCGCCGACCAUCACCCAGUCCUCGGCCUACAAGCCCUCCAACACGGCGCCCGCCUGCCCGACCGACUCGACCUGGGCCGCCGUCGCCACGCCGCUCCCGCCCACCGUCAACCCGCAGUUCUGCGCCUGCGAGGCCGCCGCGCUGCAGUGCGGCAUCGCCUCCGACGACGGCUCCGACUACGGCGCCGUCUUCAACUACAUCUGCGGGUCCAACGAGAGCCUGUGCGAGGGCAUCGCCCGCAACGCCACCACCGGCGACUACGGCGCCCUCAGCGGCUGCAGCGCCAAGCAGCAGCUCGCCUGGGUCGCCAACCAGUACUACCUCGCCCAGAACUCGAACCCGUCCGCCUGCGCCUUCAACGGCGUCGCCUCGGUCCAGAGCCCCAGCACCGCCGCCGGCUGCUCCGCCCUCAUCGCCAGCGCGGGAACCGCCGGCACGGGCGCCGUCCCCGCUCCCACCGGCCAGCAGGGCACCGCCGUGCAGGGCGGCGGCGCUGGCGGCGCCACGGGCGUCGCGAGCAGCUCCUCGUCCGGCGUGGCCGCGCGGAUCGGUGGCGGCAUGGGUCCUGCUGGUGGUGCCGGUGGUGGUCUUGGGUUCUUUGAUGUCGGCAAGGCCCUGUUCGCGGGCUACCUGGUGCUCGCGGUGGUUUCGGGCGCUGGCAUCCUUCUCUUGUAA